AUGAAAUCUUAAGGCAAAAGUUUUCGCGAUGUACAAAAAUAAAAAUUACGAACGUGACAUAAACUAUACGUAUGAAUUGAACCGUUUCGUUCUUCGUUUAUUGGGAAUCUGGCCAUACACGAACACGAAUUUUUGGAUUCUACGAAAACUGGGGAAGGUCGUGCUAAUCUUUGGUUUUUAUGUUCUUCUCGUUUUCGAACUAACGUCCAUGCUUCUUUACGUAUUCAUGGUGUUAAAAGGAGCUCGCGCGAGAAUUAAAAUAACGGCAGCUGUGUUAUUCACGAUUGUGUCAAUCCUAAAAUACAGUAAUUUGUUGUACGUGAAGAAUAAAAUGAGGAAUUGCAUGGCGUAUGUCGAGAAGGAUUUUCAAAGUGUCAUUAGUCCGAUUGCACGUAACACGAUGCUCUUCCACACGAGAAUCGGCAGACGUUUAAUUAUACUGUGCGGCAUAUUCAUGUAUGGCUCCGGAAUAACGUAUCGAAUACUCAUACCGUUAGCAAGAGGGAAGAUCGUCACUGCUCAGAACGUUACGAUUAGACCCUUGCCGAGUCCUGCUUACUUUAUAGUGUUCGAUCCGCAAAUCAGUCCGACUUAUGAGAUUGUGUUUUUCGUACAGUUUUUCACCGGUCUUUUCAAAUAUACAAUCACAGUGGCAGCUUGCGGCAUUGCGGCUCUCUUCUCAAUGCACAUCGUCGCACAAUUGGACAUCUUGAUGGUACUAAUGAACAACUUGACGAACAAACACGAACUUGGGGAUGUGAACAGAAAAUUAUCAGUUAUUGUGGAGCAUCAAAUAAGAACGCGACACUUGUUGCAUAUGGUGCAAAGCGUUAUACAAUAUUCGAGUUUAUUUGAAGUCAUGACGUGUACUUCUAUAUUAUGCCUUGUUAUAUAUUAUGUUAUCAUGGAAUGGGAGAACAAUAAUACUGUAGCCACGUGUACUUAUCUUAUCUUAGCGAUAUCUAUGACCUUCAACAUAUUUGUUUAUUGUUUUAUUGGUGAACAGCUGUCUGAAAAGGGAGACCAGGUAGCUUUAACGGCGGCUACGUUAGAUUGGCACGUUUUUCCGGAUGCAAAAGCGCGGGGAUUAAUAUUAAUUAUGCUUAUGUCAAAUAAGCCAAUACAACUCAAGGCAGGAAAUUUUGUGGAGUUAUCUUUUAAGACAUUCGGGUCCGUUGUUAAGACGGCGACGGGAUACUUAAAUCUACUUCUAUCAGUUGUUGACUGAGUUACUCACAGAUAAAUAAAUAUUUACUCACAGAUAAAUACGCGUAGAAAAUCAGAG